ACACAAAACGAAUACGCACAUGCGAGUCGGUUGCGCGGACUGAGCGCAAGGAAGGGGGUUCGGUGUGUGUGUGUGCGUGCCGGGAGAGCGUUUCCAUCGGCCAGACCGCGUCGACGAACGAGGCGGGGAACCCCGCUCGGCUGAAAAGAAGGAUGCAGCCCGUGCAGUGGAUUCUCUCCGUUCUCCUUGCGGGACUUGCGCAGUGCUUGGAGUACGAGACCCUCUGGGGACCAAAGAACCCUCACACAAAAUGCUACGACACCGUGGGAUACCAUCCGUGCAGAGUGGCGCAUGCCGGGUCGAGAUGGCACUUCGACAUGCAGACCAAGAGCUGCUUAAAGAGCCAGUUCUGUGCCGAGGACAACAACAACUUCCACACUAAGACCGAGUGCGAGUACGCCUGUCCCGCUUAUUCAUUCUGCCUCUUCGACAAAGUGGCAGUGCCAUGUACCAACACCACUGGACAUAGCCAGUGGUACUUUGACUCAAGAACUCAUCGGUGCAAGAAGUCGCACCAGUGUGUCACCGGAGGCAACGCGUUCGUCACGAGAUCGGAAUGCGUCUCCAAGUGCCGAGCAGUCGACGUCUGUGAUGCGCCAAGACCAGCGGAGCUGUGCGACAGUGGACAAAGAACUGUAUGGUACUACGACCCACAACAGGGAGUCUGCCGCAAAGACAUCAACUGUCACCAUCGGGGAAACAACUUCCCCACACACAAAGAAUGCGAAAGAAUCUGCGUAAGGCGUGUGGCGCCAGUGCCUGCUCCAAGCCAGGUGUGCUACACGUUUCCACCGACGUACGGCUGCGGUCGGUUGGUCGAGAGGUGGGUUUAUAACCUAGGACUCCAAGAAGUGCGAGCGGAUGUUCGUCUGUCCAAAGUCCGGCAACAGCUUCAUUCGGAGGAGCAACUGCGAAAAAAGCUGCCCGUCAGAGUCCUUCUGCCUUUUCCCUAAACCUCAAGAAGAUGUGGCUUGUGCCAAUUACCCACCGGCGAAGCACACGUGGUACUACGACCCAGAUACCCGCGAAUGCAGGCUGGGCGCCUCCUGUCACUUGGCGAGGAGCAACGCAUUCCCCACUCGGGAAAGUUGCAGCCAAAUCUGCAGAAGCCGCGAUGUGUGUUACGAGCGUCCGAGCCCACCGUCCUGUCCCGGAAAGGAGAAGAGCGUGUACACGUACAACAUCUUGACAAAGACCUGCGAGAAGUCAAAAGGCUGCCACAACCGAGGAAACAGCUUCCCCACUUUACAGGAAUGCAGAAAAGUUUGUGAACGACAUCGAUCCCCAGAAGACUGUCACCACUGGCCAAACCGUGGACCGUGCUAUGCGUUUGUGUUCAAGUGGUACUACGACCCUUACCACAGAGACUGCUUCCAGUUUUUGUAUGGUGGCUGUAACGGGGGUCCAAACCUGUUUGAUUCGAGAGAAGAGUGCCGAGGCGUUUGCUUUCGUGAAAACCUUUGACAAAGUCUCAGACGGAGCCGGUUGGUAAGACAAUGCGUUAGUUCUAUGUGCUGGUUUGCCAUCACGGGGCAUAAUAAAAUGAAAUUAUGCUCAGGA